AUUUUUAUUGUGUGUAAGUGCAAGCAAGCGCUGUUGUUCCCGCCACUUCUAUAGUCUCUGGCGGACCUCCCGCUUCUCUAACAAACUCAGUCACUCACGCUCUGUUUGCCCUUUCAAAUCACUCACUCGGUUCAUUCAUUCAUGCUCGCAUUGCAUUUUCGAUCCUCUUUUGGUUCUUCUUUUCGUCUUUCUUUCUGUUUCUCUCGAACUGUUAGGGUUCCUUCUCUCGUCUCUUUCCCUCUUUCUCUCUUCUCUGUCCCUCUCCGCGUCAUGUCUAAGCCACCAUCCGCCUUCGACGCUCUCAUGGCCGCCGCUAAGAAGAAUUCCAAAUCCAAAACAUCCAAGCUUUCAUCACCUCCCAAGAAAAGAAAAUCUCCACUCUCCACUUCCUCACAAAACCCUAGCAACCCCAAAUCUCCCAAACUGCCUUCUCCGCCCAUAACCGUUGAACCGGAGCAAGCAGUUAAACAGGAAGAAGUUGCUAAACCAGAAGCUGUUAAGCCGGAACCGCGGAAGGUACGCCAACUGUCAACGUCUUCUUCGAAGGGGAAGACGGAGGAGCUGAAGAAGCAAGUUGCGCAGCUGAAGCAGAAGCCUUCCAGUUUCGAUCCCGCUUCGAUGAUUGCAUGGGAGAAGGGACAGCCCGUGCCGUUUCUCUUUCUCGCCUUGGCAUUCGAUAUGAUUUCUCAGGAAAGUGGAAGAAUAGUUAUCACUGACAUUGUUUGCAAUGUGCUGCGGACUGUGAUGCUGGCCACGCCGGAGGAUCUUGUUCCCGUCGUUUACCUCUCCGCAAACCGGAUUGCGCCUGCUCAUGAAGGGUUGGAAUUGGGAAUCGGCGAGUCGAUCAUUUCCAAGGCGCUCGCGGAGGCUUAUGGAAGGAACGAGAAUUGGAUUAAGACUCAGUAUCAGAAAAAAGGUGAUUUGGGCUUGGUCGCCAAAGAGAGCCGUUCAUCUCAACCUAUGAUGUGGAAGCCUGAAGCAUUAACCAUCAGGAAGGUUUUCAACACUUUUCGCCUUAUUGCUAAGGAAUCUGGAAAAGACAGUCAAGAGAAAAAAAAGAAUCAUAUCAAGGCACUUCUUGUUGCUGCAACUGACUGUGAACCUCAAUAUCUAAUUCGUUUGCUUCAGACGAAGUUGCGAAUUGGUUAUGCAGAGCAAACUCUAUUGGCUGCACUAGGCCAAGCUGCGGCAUACACUGAAGAACACUCUAAACCGCCUCCUGAAAUUCAGUCUCCUUUUGAAAAGGCUUCGGAUAUUGUUAAACAAGUCUAUUCUGUUCUUCCUGACUAUGACAAAAUAAUAUCUGCACUGCUUACGGAGGGUCUAUGGAAGCUUCCAAAGACUUGUAAAUUUACUCCAGGUGUUCCAAUUAGACCUAUGCUAUCAAAGGCAGCAAAAAGUGUAACUGAAGUUCUGAACAAAUUCCAGGAUGUGGAAUUUACCUGUGAAUACAAAUACGAUGGAGAGCGUGCCCAGAUACAUUACUUGGAGAAUGGUUCAGUUGAGAUUUACAGUAGACAAGCAGAACGGAACACCGAGAAGUUUCCUGAUGUUGCUGCUGCAGUUUCAAGGUUGAAGAAAACAAGUGUAUCUUCAUUUAUUCUUGAUUGUGAAAUUGUUGCAUAUGACCGUGCAACACAAAAACUUCUUUCUUUCCAGACCCUCAGUACUCGAGCUCGCAAGAAAGUAGAAAUUGAAGAUAUAAAGGUUAAUGUUUGUGUAUUUGCUUUUGAUUUGUUGUAUCUAAAUGGCCAAGAACUUCUUCAGGAAAACCUUAGAGUCCGCAGAGAGCAUUUAUAUGCCUCUUUUGAGGAAGAAUCUGGUUUUCUCCAGUUUGCAACAGCAUUAACUUCAAAUGAUGUUGAGGAGAUACAGAAUUUUCUUGACCAAGCUGUUGGUGCUAGUUGUGAGGGAUUGAUUAUUAAGACACUAAAUGAGGACGCUACAUAUGAACCUGCCAAGCGAUCACUCAACUGGCUAAAACUGAAGAAAGAUUAUAUGGACAAUUUAGGGGACUCUGUAGACUUGGUACCUAUUGCUGCUUUCCAUGGGCGUGGAAAACGUACAGGAGUCUAUGGUGCCUUCCUCCUUGCUUGCUAUGACAACAAUAAUGAAGAAUUUCAAACUAUUUGCAAGAUUGGAACGGGUUUCUCUGAAUCUGUACUUGUAGAACGUUCUUCCAGUCUUCGCUCUCAAGUGAUUUCCAAGCCGAAGUCAUACUAUAGAUUUGGGGAAACACUCAAUCCUGAUGUCUGGUUUGAAGCCAGUGAGGUGUGGGAGGUGAGAGCGGCAGACCUGACCAUUAGCCCUGUCCACCGUGCUGCAGCGGGCAUAGUAGAUCCGAACAGGGGCAUCUCUCUUCGAUUUCCAAGGCUGGUUCGAGUCCGGCAUGACAAAGCUCCUGAACAGGCCACAUCAUCUGAGCAGAUUGCUGAGUUGUAUAAAGCUCAAAAACACAAUCAAGCGAAUAAACAAGAUGACGAAGAUGAAGAAGAUUAUUGAGCGGAAAAUUUUUCCUCUUUUUCCUGCUGAAAUAUAAAAUGUAAGUUGUAUAUGGCUGAUGAUCGCAUGAGAGAAAGAUGUGUAUAUGCGAAAUUUUGCCUAAGCUUAGGUCAGAGAGCAUGACUGCACGUUUAACAUUAUUUGAAAAUUCGAUGUACAACGUAGAAGAAGCUCAUGGAGGGCCCCAAAAGUAGACAUUUGCGCUUAAACCAUGUUAAUUCCUGUCUACAAUUCUGUUUUGUUCUUGUAACAUGAUGCUGUAGUUUAGGCGGUUAGCAUUGACGGAAACAGUUCUCAAUAUUAGUCCAUGUGUCAUAAGAUUUAGCAUGGCACGUCUUGUGGAGCUUUAUCUUUCCGUUUUCAAUUGUAAAACUGUUGUAUUGAACUUUCUUUUUAACUGUACAUGACUGUUUUGAAAAAUCUAAUUCUAAUUGCAUGAACCUGACUCAGAAGAUAAGAUUAAAUAUUAUUUCCGUCGUGGAGUUUAUUAGAGAAAAGGACUGGGUUCAAUGAUUGCUCGAAGGAUGUAAGUGAGAUAUGCCUAAUGUUUAGAACAAGAGUUCAUCUUCCAAGUCAUCCGUGUUCUGUGGAGUAAGACCCUAAACCCUUUUCACUUCGAUCCCAGUUUAAGGUUCUGCCAUUGGUCCAAACUCUUUCGUUUCUUACAUUUCUUUGUCUUUUUUUUACCCUCCUUUGGAUGCAGACUGGAAAUGUCUUCAAUCUUUGAAUUUUCAUUUGUUCUUUGAACAUAGACGGGGUUUCUUGUCGGCCCGACGUAUAACUAUGGGCCUGGGCUUUAUUUGGUUAAAACCGUCUUUGAGAUUGUUCUAAUUUGGCUUAUUCGGCCUAAUGUUGACCGAAGCUUCAACCUCUCUUGUCUUUUAAGGCACGAGUCGCGUCAUUUGCGCAGCCUGUGUUCACCGUUCGGAAGAGGCUUAGCGUGUUUUCUAGGACUUCCUUGUUGCCCUCACCGGCAAGGAUAUAUUGAUGUAAAGUUUAAUUAAUUACACAGCUAGCUGGAUGAAAACAACGUCGUUUCUAUUUUAAUUUCUCGAUUAAGAAACUAACUUUCUAUAGCUGGCGCUAACCGCGCAAAAGAAGAGAGAUAUACAGUAAAUAAUCCUGGUUAAAAUGCCACAAAACAUUAGCUUCUUGAACAGUGACAAGUGCUGGAUAAAGUUUACGUUUGAAAAAUACGUGAAGUACGCAACACUUUUAGCCAAAUUCUUGCAGCCUCUGCAUUCUACCUGUCUGCUUUGAAGAAGACUGUCCAUGUGAUUUCCCUUGACCUGACCUUCACACUGUUGUAGAACAUGGCUACACUUAGUAUGGAAUUUGACGCUGACAUCCUUCUAUUGGAUCAUCAUAUCUUCAAAAUUCGUCCCAAUUAUUCAUAGUUUGAUAACUAAAAGGAUUUCUAAAAUAAUCCCACUGGAACAGAGAUGGCACACCCUGAAUUAUAAGGUGAUAUCAUAGAUCGGAAACAACCUUUUGUUGAAAAUUGAGGUACAUAAUGAUUUAACAUUUAUUUGUAGAGUGGAUGAUUUUCCCUUUGGUUACCAUGCUUUCAUGGAGCAUCAUACAUAGAAUUGGUCAAAGUGAACUACUAUUGUGCCUCUUUGAAAGGAAGAAAUAUUUGGCGCGCUCUUAUGGAAUGAUAUAGAGAUUGAGAUUGAUUGAUACUGGUAUAGAUUUACAUAUGACAGAAGCAAAGGAGGGUUAGCUUUAGUUAAGGGAAUUAGUGUUAGAAAAAGAGAGGAAAUAGGAUUAGAAGUGAAUAAUGAUAACUUGUCUAAAAAAGCUUAAUAUAAUCAUACACCACACCAGUAAUAGAUCCUGAUUCUGAUUUGUGGGUCCACCAAACCCUACACGCAGAGCUCAUGGCCGUCCCCCUUGGUGGUUGGCCACACUAUCUCCCAACCCCAACGACUACACAACCAAUCACCCGUCCCUUUAAUUGUUGAUGUGAUCUUACACAUCAACCCUUCUCUCUCUCUCCCACACUCACACACUCAUCACUUCCUGCACUACAUUAUCCUAGUUACAUUACAAUUUCAGACACCCUUUCACCUCACACAAAACAAAAGGAGAAUGUGAAAAGGGCAAAAAUGCCAGUCAAGGACAAAUCAUUCAUCCAAUAUCACCAGAAACCCAAAAUCAAACCUUUUUUUUUUCCUUCAGCUCUUUUCCUCCCACCGAGUUAAAACAAACCACUGUACAUACGCUAGAUCAGUCGAAUCGAAUAAAUUAAAA